AUGCUACCAGGCUUGCAUGAAGAUUCUGCAUCUCACACUGGCAUUGGCUUUGGUAUUGUCUAUAAAGGAGUUAUAGACGAUUAUGUGAGGCCAAGGUAUAAGUCAACCACAGUGGCAAUCAAAGAGCUUGAUCCCCAUGGAUUACAAGGAGACCGAGAAUGGCUGGCAGAGGUCAAUUAUUCAGGCCAGCUUCGACAUCCGAACCUGGUGAAGCUGAUUGGCUACUGCUGUGAGGGUGACCAUAGGUUAUUGGUCUAUGAAUAUAUGGUGUCCGGGAGCUUGGAGAAACAUCUUUUCCUUAGUGCGAAAGGCCUGAAAAAAAAAAUUGUAACUCCAAGUAUAUUAAUUAUUGCCUUUGAUGCUGCAAAAGGGCUUGCUUUUCUUCAUGGUGUGGAGAAACUUCAAACAUUUUGCUUGAUGGGGUCAGAGUUUAAUGCAAAGCUUUCUGAUUUUGGACUGGCAAAGAUGGGUCCCACGGGAGAUCAAACUCAUGUGUCGACCCGUGUUAUUGAUGCUCGUCGAGUGGGCCCGGCCGCUCCUCAACCACACCAAGAAGCUUCUCAGAAUACUCGACCCAAGAAUCGAGGGCCAAUACUCGACAAAAAUCCUCAUGAAAUUGACGAAUUUAGCCUACCAAUGGCUCAGCCAGAACCCGAAAAGAAGGCCCAACAUGAGCCAAGUCAUCGAGAUACUCGAGCCCUUGGGAGGUUCGUGAGUGACACUUUACGAGGUCUCAAAAAGCCCGAAUACAACGAGCUUCCAAAGGAGUAUGAACUUUACGAGCCUUCUUUAGAGGCUUCGAAGAUCGAGAGAUCGAUGUCCGAUGUGCACUUUAAUGGCCAUAUUGGGAGACAGUUUUGGGAAUUCGACCAAACAUCGUGGACAGUUGAAGAACGAGCUUUGGUCGAAAAAGCUCGUAAUGAAUUCAGACAAAAUCGUCAUGAGACGAAGCACAGUUCGGAUCUCCUGAUGAGAAUUCAAGUUUUUGCAGCAAAGGAGAAUUCUUGUGGGGUGGAAUUGCCAUUGCAAGUGAAAGUAGGGACUGAAGAAGAAAUUACGAGUGACGAGAAAGUGGGCAUCACAUUAACAAGAGCCCUCAGAUUUUACUCAACUCUUCAAGCUGAAGAUGGGCACUGGCCAGGUGACUAUGGUGGCCCUUUGUUUCUUUUGCCAGGCCUGGUUAUAGCUUUGUCUGUAAUGGAUGCUGUGGAUGCCAUUCUCCCGGACGAACACAAGAAAGAGAUGUGCCGUUAUUUGUAUAACCAUCAGAAUCUUGAUGGAGGGUGGGGAUUGCAUAUAGAAGGGCACAGCACCAUGUUCUGCACGGCCCUUAAUUAUGUCGCGUUAAGGCUUUUAGGGGAAAAAAUCGACGGUGGAGAUCGAUCCAUGCAGAGAGCACGAAAGUGGAUCCUCGAUCAUGGUGGUGCCACCUGUAUUCCUUCUUGGGGAAAAUGCUGGCUCUCGGUUCUUGGCGCGUACGAGUGGAAUGGAAAUAAUCCUCUGCCACCCGAGCUAUGGCUUCUCCCUUACUUUCUUCCUAUUCAUCCAGGGCGAAUGUGGUGUCACUGCCGAAUGGUAUAUUUGCCGAUGUCGUAUUUAUACGGGAAGAGAUUCGUGGGCCCAAUUAACCAAACUAUUCUAUCUCUUAGGAAAGAGCUCUAUAUUCAAGCCUACCAUCAAAUUGACUGGGAUUUGGCCAGAAACCAAUGUGCCAAGGAGGAUUUAUAUUAUCCACACCCACUUUUACAAGACAUCCUAUGGAAGUGUUUGCAAGAGUUUGCCGAACCUCUUCUCGUGAAAUGGCCGUUUUCUAAGCUAAGGCAGAGAGCACUGAGCACCGUUAUGAAGCAUAUUCGUUACGAAGAUGUAAACACUAAUUACCUCUGCAUUGGACCUAUAAAUAAGGUUUUAAAUAUGCUUUGCUGUUGGGUGGACGACCCGAAUUCAACGGCCGUCAAGAGCCAUUUCGCAAGAGUUAAAGACUAUUUGUGGGUGGCUGAGGAUGGAAUGAAAAUGCAGUUUUAUGAUGUUAGUUUGGAUAAUCAGGGAUAUAAUGGUAGUCAGUUGUGGGAUGCUGUUUUGUCUGUCCAAGCAAUAAUCGAAACAAAUCUUCGACAAGAGUAUGGUUUGAUGCUUACCAAGGCUCACGAAUUCAUCAAAAUGUCGCAAGUGAGAAUGCGAAAGGCUGAGAUUCUUGUAACAAAUCAUAUAUUAAUGUAG